CAAGCUGUUCGUGAGAUGCUAUUGACUGCAAUUAAGGAAAUGAAGGUUGGAAAAGGAGCGUCAAUCAAUGCCAUUUUUGCUUAUCUACGGACCAUGUACAAGUAUGACACCCUAAAGAACCGGAACCACAUAAAGAAAGUCCUGACCAAGCUUAUUCGUGAGAACAUCGUGGAGCAGAUCAAAGGACGAGGGUUAGCAGGAUCCUUCAAACUGGGGAAGAACUACAAAGAAAAGAAGAAGAAGCCUGCUGCUCCUCGAAUUUCAAUUGACAAGGCCACUCCCAGAAGAACAUCUCGUCGGGUUUCUGGUCAGGAGAAAGAGGCAUCACAGACCUCGUAUACGACAGCAUCAGAUUCUGAAGACAGUGUGGAUCCUCCUCUCCUCACAGAGGAACUCAGAUGUGAGCCAGAUUCACUUCUGGACUCCAAAAAUCCACCGCAGAAGACGUCAGUAGACAUCAUAGAUGAAGAUGAUAAAGAAACAGCAGACAAACCCCAACAAGAAACUACAGAAGACAUCCAUGUUGAGAGUUCUAAAUCAGAUCCUACACUAAACUCCAAACCUGAACCCGAAACCCCAACCAGAGCAUCUGUGAUCCCAUUUAAUACUCCAGAUUACCGCUUUGAGUGCAUCUGUGGAGAGCUCGGCCUGGUGGACUACAAGCCUAGGGUCCAGUGCUUGAACUGUCUGCUGUGGCAGCACGCUGAGUGUGUCAACUACAAAGAGGAGAAUCUGGAAACGACCCCGUUUUAUUGCCCUCACUGCCUGGUAGCUAUGACACCUGUGUCUACUGGAGCCACACUUAUCAUCUCGCCCAGCUCCAUCUGUCACCAGUGGGUGGAUGAAAUCAACCGGCACAUUCACACAUCUUCCCUCAGAGUGCUGGUGUAUCAGGGUGUAAAGAGACACGGUUUCAUCCAGCCUCACAUUCUGGCUGAGCAGGAUGUGGUCAUCACCACUUACGACGUGCUGCGCACUGAACUCAAUUACGUCGACAUCCCCCACAGCAAUAGCAAAGACGGCCGCCGAUUCCGCAACCAGAAGCGCUACAUGGCCAUACCGAGCCCUCUAGUGGCUGUGGAGUGGUGGCGCGUCUGUCUGGAUGAAGCUCAGAUGGUGGAGUGCACUACAGCCAAGGCUGCAGAAAUGGCUUUGCGUCUCACGUCUGUUAAUCGCUGGUGUGUCAGUGGAACACCUGUGCAGAGAGGUUUGGAAGACUUGUAUGGUCUUGUCCUGUUUUUGGGAGUUGAUCCUUAUUGGGUGAAGUACUGGUGGGACCAGUUACUUUAUCGCCCCUACCGCCACAGCAAUACGGCAGCGCUCUACAAUGUCAUCGGCCAACUACUAUGGCGAUCUGCUAAAAAAGAUGUCAUCGACCAGAUCCAAAUCCCUCCUCAAACAGAAGAGAUCCACUGGCUUAACUUCUCUCCAGUAGAGGGACACUUUUACCACCGUCAGCAUGAGGUUUGCUCGCAGGAUGCUCUUGUGAAGCUGAGGAAGAUCUCUGAUUGGUCAUUGAAGCUGGGUAGUUUGGACCGACGUACCGUCACUACCAUAUUAUACCCCCUUUUACGUCUACGUCAGGCCUGCUGCCACCCACAAGCUGUCAGAGGAGAGUUCCUGCCCUUCCAGAAGAGCACAAUGACAAUGGAGGAGUUGUUGAAGUCUCUGCAGAAGAAAUGUCGUGUGGAGUGUGAAGAAGCCCACAGGCAGCUGGUGUGUGCUCUCAAUGGUCUGGCUGGAAUUCACAUCAUCAGAGGCGAGUUUGUAGAUGCAGCGGAGAUGUACAGAGAAGUGCUGCGAUCAUCUGAAGAACAUAAAGCAAGACUGAAAACUGAUUCCCUUCAGAGGCUUCAUGCAACCCACAAUCUGAUGGAGCUUCUGAAUGCAAAGCAUCCUGGGAUUCCUCCAACCCUGAGAGAUGACAGUCUCAAAGAUGAGGCUGAGCAGCUGAAGCAGCAUUACAUGGCCAAGGUGAACUCUGAGGUUUCUGAAGCACAUCAGAACCUACAGCCUGUUCUUCAGCACAUUAAAGAGCUGAGACGCAAGGUGAACCUUCGCUCUCCCUGGUGGCUGGAUGUCUUACAGCAGGCCAUUCAGUACUCUAUGGACGACGACCUUGUGGGCCGCAUUCAAAAUGAGCUAACUUGCAGUUACAAACAACAAGCCAACAAGCUCUCAUUGGCAGACAAGUUUCGAGAUGCUCGUGGUCUUCAGUUUCUGCUCAGCACUCAAAUAGAUGAUUUGAUGAAAUCGCAGAAAACGGUUCAAGAUGCUGUAAAGAAGCUGGAGGGGCCUCCAUCUCAGCAAGUCAUCGAGGAAGCAACACUUUGCCACCUGCGACCUGUUCGUCUGCCACUGAACAACUGUGUGUUUUGCAAAUCCGAUGAACUUUUUACGGACUACGAGUCAAAACUCUUCUCUCACACAGUAAAGGGACAGACGGCCAUCUUUGAGGAGAUGAUUGAAGAUGAGGAAGGGCUGGUAGAUGACAGGCUCCCCACAACCAGUAGGGGUUUGUGGGCAGCCAGUGAGACUGAACGAGCCCUUAAAGCCAUCCUGUCCUUUGCCAAGGCCCGUCGUUUGGAGUCUGGACUCAUAGAGGAGGGAAACUCAUUCAUGGAGCUCUUUGAGUCCUGGAAAAAAGAAUAUAAGCUGCUGCAUGAGUACUGGAUGUCGCUGCGGGAUCACGUGUCAGCCAUAGAUGAGCUGGGCAUGGCUACUGAGAGGCUGCGUGUGCGCUUACCUGAUGAGCCCAAACCCAAAGUGCUGCAUAUCAUAGAACCUUAUGAGGUGGAGCAGAAUAGGAUAAAGCUGCUCAAUGACAGGGCGGUGGCCAAAUCACAACUGCAGAAAAAGCUUGGGCAGUUUCUCUAUCUCACAAACCUGGAGAAGUCUCAGGAUAAGUCCACUGGAGGAUUGAAUCCAGAACCAUGUCCCAUCUGUGCUCGACCGCUGGGUCAGGAGUGGGCCGUACUGACCUGUGGACACUGUUUCUGUAACGAGUGCAUCGCUAUCAUCGUGGAGCAGUACAGCGUCGGCAAUCGACGGAGAGCCAUAAAGUGUGCCAUAUGCCGUCAAACCACUUCACAUUCAGAGAUCUCGUAUGUGUUCACCACUCAGAGCGCCCACCAGGGGCAGGACAUCCCUGUGAAGGGUAGCCACUCCACGAAGGUAGAGGCCGUGGUUCGAGUCUUAAAGAAAAUCCAGAUGACCGACCCGGGAGCCAAGUCUCUUGUGUUCUCCACGUGGCAGGGCGUCCUGGACAUCAUUGCGAAAGCCCUUUUCGACAACAACAUGGAGUUUGCACAGAUCAACGGAAUUCACAAAUUUCAGGAGAACCUGAGUGCUUUCAAAUACGAGGAGAGCAUCAACAUCUUGCUGCUGCCGUUGCACACAGGCUCAAAUGGGCUAAACAUUAUUGAAGCGACGCAUGUGGUGCUGGUGGAGCCCAUUCUAAACCCUGCCCAUGAGCUGCAGGCAAUAGGAAGAGUGCACCGGAUUGGCCAGACCAAACCCACAUUCGUUCAUCGGUUUCUGAUCAAGUCCACCAUUGAGGAGCGGAUGCAAGCAAUGCUUAAAACAGCAGAAAAGAGUCAUAGUUCCACGUCUAUGAAGCAUUCGGAGGCCUCCGUAUUUACAGUGGCAGACCUGGCCGAGCUGUUCACAGAGGACAGCGAGUCUCUUGAGUAAAUGUCUCUCCAGACCUGCCAGUCCAAAGGCCAGUA